UGUGGGGGUGGCAGGCCAGGACCUGCCGGCUUCCCCCCCUCCCCCGAUUCCGAGCCUGGAGGGGUGCAGGGGUGCCCCCGGGCCAGGCAAGGGGAGCGGCACCGCAGGGGGGGGCCCUGUCCAGCGAGUUCGCACAGCCCCGCCGUUCCGGCCUGCAGCUCAAGGCCGGGACACUUGGGCAGCCCCUGGGGUGCUCCUGUGGCGGGGAGCCACCCCCCCCACCCCCCGGCCAGCCGCACACGGCCUCAAGGGGGCUCCUCCUGGGCCAGGGCUCAGCAUCCUCCCCUGGAGCCACACGUGGCCUGGGGGCCUCCAGAGGCCUUCCUGGAGGCGGGCGCCGCAGCUGCACCCCCAGUCGGGGCCUCCUCCCGGUUAGGACCGUGCGGGGUGCGGGGUGCGGGCUCUGAUGCGCGGGAGGAAAAAACCUCAGAAUCAAAACUACGAAUUUUGUGCAACAGAGCAAAGCGUGUCGCUGCAAAUACACGUGUUGAAAGCUGAGCGCCCCUCCAGGGCCCCCGGGCCCCGCUGGGGACCCCUGGGGGGGGCCGUGUUUGAGUGCUGUGACGGCGCCUCCCGGAGCGAGGGUGCUGGGUGCCGGUGGGCUGGACCCCGCGAAGGCAGAGCCCAGAGUGAGCCGCGGGCCUGUCCUGGCCGGCACCCGCCUCGCCUGCCCACGGAGGCCCCCCAGCGUGACCGCACCCCGAUGAUGCCCGUCCCUGAGGAGCAGGAGUGGCUGAGCAGGUUCGGCUACCUGCCCCCCGCAGAUCCCGGCACUGGGCGGCCGCAGACGCAGGAGGAGCUGGCGCCGGCCAUCGCCGCCAUGCAGCGCUUCGGAGGCCUGGAGGCCACAGGAGUCCUGGACGAGGGCACCCUGGCACUGAUGAGAACCCCGCGCUGCUCCCUCCCCGACCUCCCGGUGGCCUCUGCAAGGCAGCGGCGCCAGCCCCCAGCCCCCACCAAGUGGAACAAGAGGAACCUGUCAUGGAGGGUCCGUUCCUUCCCGCGGGGCUCGGCCCUGGGCCGCGACACGGUGCGGGCGCUGGUGUACUACGCGCUCAAGGUCUGGAGCGACGUUGCCCCGCUGGACUUCCACGAGGUGGCCGGCAGCGCCGCCGACAUCCAGGUGGCCUUCUCCAGGGGCGCGCACAACGACCACUACCCCUUCGACGGCCCGGGCGGUGCCCUGGCCCACGCCUUCCUGCCCGGGGACCGCCUGUCCCCCGGGGACGCCCACUUCGACGACGACGAGGCCUGGACCUUCCGCUCUGCGGAUGCCGGCGGCCCGGACCUGUUCACGGUGGCCGUGCACGUGUUCGGCCACGCCCUGGGGCUGGGCCACGCGGCAGCGCCGGGCUCCAUCAUGCAGCCCUACUACCGGGGCCCGGCGGGCGACCCGCUGCGCUUCGCGCUGCCCUACGAGGACAGGGUGCGCGUCUGGCAGCUGUAUGGCGUGCGGGAGUCGGUGUCGCCCACGGCUCAGCCGGACGCCCCAGAGCCCGAGGAGCCUCCUCUCCUGCCGGAGCCCCGCGACAAUCGGUCCAACGCGCCGCCCCAGGGGGACGCGCCCCAUAGGUGUGACACGCACUUUGACGCUGUGGCCCAGAUCCGCGGGGAGGCCUUCUUCUUCAAAGGCAUGUACUUCUGGCGGCUGACCCGGGACCGGCACCUGGUGUCGCUGCAGCCGGCGCAGGUGCACCGCUUCUGGCGGGGCCUGCCGCUGCAGCUGGACAGCGUGGACGCCGUGUACGAGCGCGCGGGUGACCACAAGAUCGUCUUCUUCAAAGGAGACAGGUACUGGGUGUUCAAGGACAACCACGUGGAGGAAGGCCACCCGCGGCCCAUCUCCGACUUCGGCCUCCCGCCCGGCGGCAUCGACGCAGCCUUCUCCUGGGUCCACAGUGACAAGACUUAUUUCUUUAAGGACCAGCUGUACUGGCGUUAUGACGAGCGCACGCGGCACAUGGACCCCGGCCACCCCGCCCGCAGCCCCCCCUGGAGGGGCGUCCCCAGCACCCUGGACGACGCCAUGCGCUGGUCCGACGGUGCCUCCUAUUUCUUCCGGGGAAAGGAGUACUGGAAGCUGCUGGACGGGGAGCCGGAGGUGGCGCCCGGAUACCCGCAGCCCGCCGCCCGGGACUGGCUGGUAUGCGCAGACCCCCAGCCCACCCCCGAGGGCUCGGCCGUGCCCGGGGAGGCUGGGGCUCAGGCGCAGCCAGGCCAGCGAGGGCACAGCCGCUCCGAGGACGCCUACGAGGUCUGCUCCUGCACCUCCCGCGGCCCCCCGGCCCCCCUGCUGGACGCUGUGGUGCUGCUGCUGCCGCCAGGCCUGCUGUGGACAGCAGCCCGGGCCCCGGUGCCCUGACGCUGGGGUUGGCUGCCUGGCAUGGCCUGGGCCACAGCGGGGAAGGACAAGGAUGCGGGGCGAGGGCGCCCCAGCUGUUCUGUCUCCUGGUCCGGCUGUGAGCUGGGAGACUGCUGGGCAGGGCGGGGUCUGGAGCACUCAGGACGGGACUGAUGAGCUGAGCGCGCCCACCGGCCUCCCCGCCCGGCAGGACAGCCUGGACGCAGAUACCGCCUCUGUCCGCUGCCCGCCCUGGGGCCUUGGUGCCCGUCCAGCUCCCGUCGGGGGGUCUUUGGGGCCCCCACGCUGCUGCCCCACUCGCAGACCAGCCCGAGGGGCUUCAGCCCAGCCCCCCCACCCCGCACCCCUGUCUCAGACGGACCCCACUUGUCCUCUCCCUGUUCUGAGAGCUCGGCGCAGCCGCGGCCGGGUCACCAGCCCUGACUCCGAGGUCUCCCAGCAGGCCGGGCGGGGGGCCCUCCUCCCCGUGGCUCCGUGCCGCGGGCCAGGCCUCCCGCCCCGCACACCCCCAGCGCUGGGCAGGGCGCC